GCCCGCCGGUUCCUGCCGCUGGCCUGGGCUCGGAGGCGCCCGGCGCGGUUGCCAUGGCGCCGGUCGCCGCGGUGACGAGGUGGCGGCUGCUGCUGGUGCUCAGCGCCGCUGGGCUCGGGGCCGUGGGCGCCCCGAAGCCCCCCAACAUCCUGCUCCUGCUCAUGGACGACAUGGGGUGGGGCGACCUGGGGGUAUAUGGAGAACCUUCAAGAGAAACCCCGAAUUUGGACCAGAUGGCCGCAGAAGGGAUGCUUUUCCCAAACUUCUACUCAGCCAACCCACUGUGCUCGCCAUCACGGGCAGCUUUGCUCACUGGACGCCUGCCCAUCCGCAACGGCUUCUAUACCACCAACGGGCAUGCCAGAAACGCUUACACGCCGCAGGAGAUCGUGGGCGGUGUCCCGGACGAGGAGCACCUGCUGCCCGAGCUGCUGAAGCGGGCCGGCUACGCCAGCAAGAUUGUGGGCAAGUGGCACUUGGGCCACAGGCCUCAGUUCCACCCCCUGAAGCAUGGAUUCGACGAGUGGUUUGGAUCCCCCAACUGUCACUUUGGACCUUAUGACAACAGGGCCAGGCCCAACAUCCCUGUGUACAGGGACUGGGAGAUGGUCGGCAGAUACUAUGAGGAAUUUCCAAUCAAUCUGAAGACGGGGGAAGCCAACCUCACGCAGGUGUACUUGCAGGAAGCUCUGGACUUCGUGAAGACGCAGCAGGCGGCUCAGCGCCCCUUCUUCCUCUACUGGGCCAUCGAUGCCACUCACGCACCUGUUUAUGCUUCUCGGCCCUUCUUGGGCACCAGCCGGCGAGGGCGGUACGGGGAUGCUGUCCGGGAGAUCGACGACAGUGUUGGGAAAAUCCUGAGCCUUCUUCGGGACCUGAGGAUCACAGAGAACACGUUUGUUUUCUUCACGUCUGACAAUGGCGCUGCUCUCAUUUCUGCUCCUAAACAAGGUGGUAGCAACGGCCCCUUUCUGUGCGGGAAGCAGACCACGUUUGAAGGUGGGAUGCGGGAGCCUGCGAUCGCGUGGUGGCCCGGAAAAAUCCCUGCAGGCCAGGUGAGCCACCAGCUGGGCAGCGUCAUGGACCUCUUCACCACCAGCCUGUCCCUCGCAGGCCUGGUGCCGCCCAGUGACAGGGUGAUCGACGGCCUGGACCUGCUCCCCGCCAUGCUCUGGGGCCAGCUGACAGACAGGCCAAUAUUCUAUUAUCGUGGCAACACACUGAUGGCAGUCACCCUUGGCCAGUACAAGGCCCACUUCUGGACCUGGACCAAUUCCUGGGAGGAGUUCAGACAGGGUGUUGAUUUCUGCCCUGGGCAGAAUGUCUCUGGAGUCACCACCCACACACAGGAGGAGCACACAAAGCUGCCGCUAAUCUUCCACCUGGGACGAGACCCGGGGGAGAGGUACCCCCUCAGCUUUGCCAGCACUGAGUACCUGGAUGCCCUUCGCGGGGUCACCUUGGUUGUCCGGCAGCACCAGAAGACCUUGGUCCCUGGACAGCCCCAGCUCAAUAUGUGCAACCAGGCCGUCAUGAACUGGGCGCCCCCAGGCUGUGAAAAGUUAGGGAAGUGCCUGACGCCCCCGGAGUCCAUCCCGGAGAAGUGCUCCUGGCCCCACUAGUACCUGUGGGCGGGAGGACUCUUGCCUCAGGGCUCCCGCGCUGGAGGAGCCCCGCUGCCCUCUGCCCUGCCCACACCAGACACACCUCAUCUGCCACCAGCAGCAGGACUUGCAAGGCUCCACGUGCCCAAGACCUAGUCCUGGCGUCUCUCAGCCCCCCUGGCCCGGCUGACCCUGCCACGGUGACCCCAGCCCCAGAGCUGAAUGCUGCCCUCUGGCUUC